AUGCGUGGAUUGCAAAAAUCGAAGCGAGUUUCAUGGGCUUCGGAUUUGAAUCUUUGUCAGGUUAGGUUAUUCUUAUCUGAGGAAUCUCCUUCACAAGUUGGCUUAAACUCUCAAGAUCACCUCCAAGCAAAGAUAUCAUCCGUGUUGCAUCAAGGAGAAGCUGGUUCUGAUGAUAUUUUGCCUCCUGGAUUUGAAGGAACUUGUGCUUCAAGUCAGUUUAACAUUAAGCUGUCCCAAAUACCAGUUAUUAGCUGGGUUAAUCCACCUAAGAUUGAGCUAGAUCUCACAUGGCUAGUGGUGGCUGGGGAAGAAAGCAAAGAGAUAGUUGAUCAACCUCACAGGGAGAUGAGAGUCCUUGAGGCUAUAUAUCCACGGAUAUCUUCCAUUCCUCCAAAUCCUUCUGUUGCACUGAACGUUGAAGAUUUUCAUUACAUGGAUGAUCACACUGUUGUGAUCCCAAUUACGCCCGUUGAAGACGGGGAUGUGACAGCAGAAAUGUUAUCACAUUCAUUGAAACAAUAUGAUGUUUCACAGUCUCAUGUGUUAUCUCCUGGUAUAUUCGAGAAUUCAAACUCUGCUACGAGUAUGUCUGAUGUCGCUGCUGCAUCUGUCGCUUUAACAAGCAUAGUAAAGAGCAGCGAACACGGUAAUUUGAUUGACCGUGAAUUACUGAAUAACAUUCUCAACAAUCCUGAAGUGAUUGAGAAGUUAGUUAGAGAUUAUGGAGUUCAAAAUAAUGCACAGUAUGUACAAAACAUGGGAUCAUCUUCCGGAGUUUUUUCACAUCCUACUAAUCGUGUUAAUCAAGUUGAAACCACUACAACCUCAUCAAAUCCUUUUUUAUCCACUUCUUUCUAUACUCACACAAAUGGUGGUCCUAUGGCGGCAAAUAUUCCUACUCAAUGGCAUUCUAGGCCUGUAAUGAGUUCAGCUAUUGCUGCUACUCCUGUUGAUCCCCCUUCAACAAAAGAUGUAAACUACUAUAAGAGCUUGAUUCAACAACAUGGAGGAGAUCAACAAGAAGCACUUCCAUAUUCCUCCGGUAAUCGUCAGAACCAGCAUCCAUUAACAAACAUUGAGUCAGUACACAAUUUUAGAGCAAAGGGGUCAAAACCAAAGAUAAUGAAGCCUUGUAUCUUUUUCAAUAGUUCCAGAGGAUGUCGCAAUGGAACUAACUGUACCUUUCAGCAUGAUGCAUCAUUUCAGCAACAAGGUAAUCCUGUGGCAGGGAUGCGAAGUUCAAAGAGAAUGAAAAUGGACAACGAGAUCAGCAGUUAA